AGAGAGAAAUGUCAUCAGUGGAAUCACACCAGGAGCAGUUGUCUCAGUCUGAUCCAUCCCCCUCACCAAACUCAUGUAGUUCCUUUGAGCUAAUAGAUAUGGAUGCUGGCAGUUUGUAUGACCCAGUUUCUCCACAUUGGUUUUAUUGUAAGAUAAUAGAUUCUAAGGAGACAUGGAUUCCAUUCAACUCUGAGGAUUCACAGCAGCUGGAAGAGGCAUAUGACUCUGGAAAGAAUUGUAACGGGAGAGUGGUCCCUACAGAUGGGGGCAGGUAUGAUGUUCACCUGGGGGAAAGGAUGCGGUAUGCUGUGUACUGGGAUGAACAGGCAUCUGAAGUGAGACGCUGUACCUGGUUCUACAAGGGAGACAAAGACAAUAAAUAUGUUCCCUACUCGGAAAGCUUCAGCGAAGUUUUAGAGGAAACUUACAUGCUUGCUGUAACUCUGGAUGAAUGGAAAAAGAAACUGGAGUCUCCCAAUAGAGAAAUUAUUAUAUUACACAAUCCAAAGCUGAUGGUGCAUUACCAGCCAAUUGCAGGGUCUGAUGAAUGGGGUUCAGUACCUACUGAGCAAGGCCGGCCAAGAACAGUGAAGAGAGGGGUCGAGAACAUCUCUGUUGACAUCCAUUGUGGAGAACCGUUACAGAUCGAUCACUUGGUCUUUGUAGUCCAUGGGAUUGGGCCAGCCUGUGAUCUCCGCUUCCGAAGCAUUGUGCAGUGUGUUAAUGAUUUUCGCAGUGUUUCCUUGAACUUGCUACAGACACAUUUUAAGAAAGCUCAAGAAAAUCAGCAGAUUGGAAGAGUAGAAUUUCUUCCAGUCAACUGGCACAGUCCUCUGCAUUCGACCGGUGUGGAUGUAGAUCUGCAGCGGAUAACCCUGCCCAGCAUCAACCGGCUCCGGCACUUCACCAAUGACACCAUCCUGGACGUCUUCUUCUACAACAGCCCCACCUACUGCCAGACCAUUGUGGACACGGUGGCUUCGGAGAUGAACCGGCUCUACACACUCUUUCUGAAGAGGAACCCCAAUUUCAAAGGGGGUGUAUCCAUUGCUGGUCAUAGUUUAGGUUCGCUUAUAUUGUUUGAUAUCCUAACAAAUCAGAAAGAUUCUUUGGGGGAUAUUGACAGUGAAAAGGAUUCACUAAAUAUUGUCAUGGGUCAUGGAGACACGGCGACCCUGGAGGAAGAUUUGAAGAAACUGCAGCUCUCUGAAUUCUUUAAUAUCUUUGAGAAGGAGAAAGUAGAUAAGGAAGCUCUGGCUUUAUGCACAGACAAGGAUCUUCAGGAAAUGGGAAUUCCCUUAGGACCAAGAAAGAAGAUAAUGAACUAUUUCAAGAGCAGAAGAGAUUCACAGGGCAUUACUCAAGCAGUCAUACAGUCAGCUCCUGGGGUGAACUUCCCCAGAGAGUCUGAGGCCUGCAGCAGUACUGAUGACACUAGAAAGGACGAGUAUCUGGAUGUCAGCAUCGGGCAGGUGUCUGUAAAGUACCCCCGGCUCAUCUACAAGCCAGAAAUAUUUUUUGCCUUUGGCUCUCCCAUUGGAAUGUUCCUUACUGUCCGAGGGCUAAAGAGAAUUGAUCCCAAUUACAAAUUUCCAACGUGCAAAGGUUUCUUCAAUAUUUAUCAUCCAUUUGAUCCUGUGGCCUAUAGGAUUGAACCAAUGGUGGUUCCAGGAGUGGAAUUUGAGCCAAUGCUGAUCCCACAUCAUAAAGGCAGGAAGCGGAUGCACUUAGAGCUGAGAGAGGGCCUGACCAGGAUGAGUAUGGAUCUGAAGAACAACUUGCUAGGGUCACUGCGGAUGGCCUGGAAGUCUUUCACCAGAGCGCCUUAUCCUGCCUUGCAGACAGCAGAGACCACAGAAGAAGCUGAAGUAGAGGCCGAGUCCGGUUCGGAGAAGGCCAGUGAUGGCCACCCUGAGGCCUCAGCGGCGGGGGACACGGCGCCUAUGAGCAUCAGCGUGGGCUUGCUGAACGGAGGCCGGCGCAUCGACCAUGUGCUGCAGGAGAAGCCCAUCGAGAGCUUUAAUGAGUACUUAUUCGCUUUGCAGAGUCAUCUGUGCUACUGGGAAUCUGAAGAUACAGUGUUGCUGGUCCUCAAAGAAAUCUACCAAACCCAGGGUGUCUUCCUUGAUCAGCCCUUACAGUAAAAGGGACCCGGCUCAGCUACUUAA